AUGGCGACGUGCGCACCAUCUCCUCCGUUCUCGCUCCUGCUAAAGCUGCUGCAACCGCAGCUGCUCGGAGAAGUUUUGGUCUGGUUGGACUCGCCCGCCAUCGCAAGCAUUACUGCUGCUUGUCGGCCCUUCAAAGACCUUACCGCAGAUACCAGCUUCCGCCUUCGCUGGUUGCGGCACAGGGGUAGUCUCACCCAUUACGUUGCUCAACACUUCAAAACCAAGCGCCGCGAUCUCCCGCCAGACCAUCCGCUGUACGAUCAGAAUGACUUCAGCUGCAAUGCAAACGUCAGGCCUUGCGAUCUCCCCCGCACUCAUCCUGAGUAUGAUCCCUCUGGAUACUACACUGAUGCCUUCCUUAGCACAUACCCACACAACCUACGGCUCAACCUCCCGCCCGCAAUCGCGAGAAGCGAAGCUGUAUUGCAGAUUUUGCUGGAACGUGAAAAGUCCAAAUUGACCUUUUCCCCGACGGAGUUCCUAACCGCAACUCAAUGUAACAUCUUUCUUGCCAUCGCACGGCAAGCGUUUUGGUAUGGGCUCCCAAAACUGGCAGAUAUGUUUCUGCUGGACCAUAAUCUCUGCCGCCGAAUCGUUGCUGCCACCGGAGGAACGCCGGGGAAAUUCGAAGCCCCGGACGGCGUCCUUCAUUCCUUUACACCUUUCCGUGACGCCGCCGUUGUGCGAAGGCAUGUCUCACUCGUACGGCACAUACUGGAAACCGGAAAGAAGCUUGACCCCAUCCUCUGGUAUCCGUCGAUCGAGGUUAGAUUGGUUACCACUUACUAUCACCACGCGCAGCAGCCCCCUGUGGAUAUGUUGGCUUUGUACCUUGAUCACUCACGUGCACAGGGCGAGAGCUUCUCGUUAUACCAACCGGUUAGAGACAUCUGUCGGAAUGGCGACAUACGAUCCCUGCAGCUGCUGCAACGGCACUUGCCAACACUUGACGCAAAUUUCCUCUCCAAAAGGUUAGGAGUGAUUGUUGAAGCAGCGCAGGGUUGCCGCGAGCUGUCUUAUCUGGCCAAUCGUGCCGUGAAGGAUUGCACACGCCUUGUGCCAUAUUGCGACAACGACUCACGUCUUGCGGAGUUCAAGGACCUUUUUUCGGCGCUGCUGGAUAUGCAACAAUUGGAUGACGAAAGGGGUACAUACUGCCCGACACUGGAUUGCCUGCUGAAUGGGGGAUCAACCCGACAGUAUGGAUGCGCGCCAUUCGUACCGUUCACCCUCGAGAUCUUUCAGCUUGCGCUACGUAAACGACCAGCAGACAUCGACGCACACGUCAACAUGUUUCUUGCCUCGUUUCUAUUUUUCGCAAUGCUGCACAUGCCCGAACCCAUCGAUGCCAUUCAGGAGCUGACCCUGCCUAUCUGGGAUGGAGAAGUGGUCUCUGAGGCCGCACGCAUAACUCUCCACCCUUAUGUAUCAUUCAGAUGGGAUAAUGUUACCACCGAAGAUGAUAGUGAGACAUUUGACGAAGAUGAUAAGGGACGAAGAGGUGGGCGCGGAGGUGACAGAUUAGAGGUCAACAAGGCGGUACAUCGCUUGCUAGCCGAAACGAGCAGGGCUGAUCUUGCGAUAACGUCCACAACCGGUCUUCAUCUGAGGAAAAUGCUUUUUUCUCGAUACCUGGACAAGCGGCACUUGAAGAACCUUCUCCCAGCCCUCCUGGAAGCGGGGGAGAGCUUGCGGGAGUACACGGUGCCUUUCAGCGAUUGGAUGAGCACAUAUGAGGAAGCUGCGGACGCCGGGGAUGAUUGGGAACUCCUACGGCUGCUUACGUCGGUGGAAUGGCUCUUGAAAGCAGGAUAUGAUCCGAGACUCAUUGAGCCUGAGUGUAGGGAGCAGUUCCAAGACUUUGGACCUUCGCUGCAGCUUCUGGCGAAGUACGGGGUGGCCUGGGCAGAGGAAGACUUGAAAAAUGGGCAAAACGAUGAAGCUCGAGACGGGACCGACGUUGGUCAAGAUCCGUACGGCGUUUGCAGAUAA